GGGAUAACUUAUUUCUUUCCCUUUUUUCAACAAAAAGAAGACCAUCACAUAGUUUCUUUUAUGAAUCUGGCAAAUUACUCUUACUUCUCUGGCAUGUGCAACAUGACCGCAGAGACGCAGCAGCAGCAGAACUCUCCCUCCGAGGCGAGUCCUCUCGUCAUGUCUCCUAAUGUCCUGUCUCCUACUAAUGUGAGCCUGCAGGACUCUCCUCUGCAGGCUGCACAGCCGCCUCUCAUGCUGCAGGCCCGGAACAAGGACACCAACGUGUUGAUCAAGUCUGAACCCCGAGGGAGCAGCAGCAGCCCCAACAACACGGAGGAUGGAGGAGGAGGAGGAGGAGGAGGAGGAGGACAGACCGAGGAGCACCUGUCCACCGGUAGCCGCCGGAGGAAGAGGCCCGUCCAGAGAGGAAAGCCUCCCUACAGCUAUAUCGCCCUCAUCGCCAUGGCCAUCGCCAACUCCCCCGAGAGAAAGCUCACUCUGGGAGGCAUCUACAAGUUCAUCAUGGAGCGCUUUCCUUUCUACAGGGAGAACUCCAAGAAGUGGCAGAACUCCAUCCGACACAACCUCACCUUAAACGACUGCUUUGUGAAAAUCCCCAGAGAGCCAGGUAGACCAGGUAAAGGCAACUACUGGACCUUAGAUCCAGCUGCUGAAGACAUGUUUGACAAUGGGAGCUUUCUGAGGAGGAGGAAGAGGUUCAAGCGCACAGAUGUGAGCACCUACCCGGGUUACAUGCAGAGCUCCAGCGCGUUCACACCGACUCCAAUGGGCAGCAGGCCUGCAUACCCAAAUACCCUUUACGCAUCUGGUUAUGGCUCCCAGCUGAGUGCAGCAUCGCCGCAUCCGGCCAUGCUGCAUCACUACCACCAGACCUCCAGCCAAGCACAGCCACGCAUGUUCAGCAUCGACAACAUCAUCAGCCAGCAGCCGGGUGGAGAGCUGCAGAGCUUGGGGCUGCAGGACAUGGGCUCCAUGACCUCCAGCUGCUCGGUCACUGGUGGUACCGACCAGUCUGCAUGCUUCCAGACCCAGACUGGUGUCAACAUGUUGGGCAGGAACAGUGGGAAUCUGUCAUCCAACCUGGCUGCAGGUUACCCGUACUCCUCCUCCUCCUCGGCCUCUCCUCCCAACCUGCAGGCCAUGACGCAGCAGUCUGGUUUCUCUCCACCAGGCAGCUCUCAGGUGUACUGCUCCGCCGGGAACAGGCUCUCUCUGCCGGCGCUGCGUCCGGGAUCCUGCGCCGAGCACACGGAGCAGCUGCUGGGCCUCUCCGGCUCCAUGAACUCCUACAACAACACCUACAUGAGACAAGCCAACUUUGCGUCAGGACUAGAGCGAUAUAUGUGAGACUUUAUAUGCCAAAAAACAAAAAACUAAAAUCCAAAUUAUAGGCUACUAAAUAGUCCCAUAUUAAAGGAAUAUUCCCCCAAUAAGUGCAUAAGAGAUGAAACACUUAGGUCUGGUAUAGGCCUGCAACUUUGCCUGCAACUUUGCGUCAGGACUAGAGCGCUAUAUGUGAGACUUUAUUUGCCAAAAAAAACAAAAUUAUAGGCUACUAAAUAGUCCCAUAUUAAAGGGAUAUUCCCCUAAUAAGAACAUAAGAGAUGAAACACUUAGGUCUGGUAUAGGCGUGUUUCAAAAUGUCUUAAAUGGCCUAAUAUUAGGCCUCUAUAUGUCACUCAUUAAACUACAGAUUUAUAAGUUCUUAUACGAAUUUGAUUUAUUUUUUAUGACACAUAUAUUGUGACAGAAAACGACCGAGCCUCACGAUAAAACAUUCCUAUAUUUUUAAGUCUUCAUUUUGAAGCAGAUUGUACUAAAUUUAUUAAAAUAUAUUCAAGACCAAAACCAGCUCAAAAAUCCUCAAUUCAAUUUUAAAUAAUUUGUAACUAUCAAUCAUGCUUCAAAAUAUAACACUUGUUUUUUUCCCUAUUAGUAAAACAAAAAAUGUGAAAUAUAUUGUCCAAUAUAUUUUGUAUAUUUCAAAAUGUCUUAAAUGGCCUAAUAUUAGACCUGUGUUACUCAUUAAACGACAGAUUUAUAAGUUCUUAUACGAAUAUGAUUUAUUUUUUAAAAGAUAUCA